UGUGUUUGUAGCGUGCCGCCUAAUCUCCUCAUCAACAUCGUCAUCGUCACCGUUGGAAAUACCGAUGCUGGUGUUGAUGCUAUUAAUUUAUCUCUCGAGUGGCGCUCGCUCUUCAGUUGUCGUAAGGUGGUUGCGGAGUUAGCACGUUGCGAACGCGUUUGGCCUUCUGCGAGAUGAUGGACGCUGAUCCCACCGAACAACUUGAUCGCUGGCCCCAGGUCGAUCGGGGCGGCAUCGAAGAGAUCAAAGAAUGGCUCACGACACAACCCCACUUACCGGCGAUAAAAGAGCACGAGAUGGCAAUGUUCCUGCACGCCAACUACAACAAUCAAGAGGCUACCCGAAAGACAAUAGAAAAUUACUACACCAUGAGGACCAGCUACACCGAGCUUUUUACCGACCGCGACAUUUUCAGCGAUCCGCUACAAACGGCGUUAAAGAUCGUGAUGUUUACUACGCUACCCGGCGAAACUAAAGAGGGCUAUAAAAUGGCAUAUAGCCGCCUGCUCACGUCGGAUGCAACGCAUAUGAACCACUUACAAGUUCUGAAAGUAUUAACUAUGUGUAUGGAUUUAUGGAUAAAACUCGAAGGAAAUGCCAAGGGCCACGUCAUGCUGUCGGAUAUGGAAGGGAUGCACCUUGGGCACAUGAGAAAGAUCAACAUGGACGCGGCCAAAAAGCAGAUGGCCUACGCCCAGGAAGCCCUGCCCGUGCGAUUGAAGCAAAUCCAUUAUCUCAACGUAGUACCAUUUAUGAACCGGUUGAUGAUGCUUGUGCGACCAUUGUUGCGCAAGGAGGUACAGGAAAUGAUCCAAAUGCACGUCAACGUUUCCACCGUUUACAAUACGAUACCGAUCGAAAGUCUUCCCAACGAGUACGGGGGAAAAGCCGGCACUUUUGAGGAGCUGGAAAAAUCUUUUAAGGAAACACUUUACGCUCACAGCGACUGGUUUCGAGAGAUGGAAAGGAAAAAUUUAGUGGACGAAUCAAAACGUCCGCCAAAACCAAGACGAUACAUGUUCGGUCUUUUUGGAUAAGUAUUUACAGCCAACGUUAAGGCAGUUUUUGUUUUGGUAUGGUGUUUUAUUGAAUAUAAUUGCUUCGCAUAUACACAAAUAAAGUAUUACUGGGUGGCC